AUGGCGCUUAGUGCAGCCAGAUUCUUGCGUCUUCCGAUUUACUUAAGAUAUAGAUUGUACAGUACGGAAAGUGCAUCAACAGUAACCCACACUGGCCAGACGUUCUCGCUAAAUGACCCAUCAGUUGCAAGAUUUACUAUCGGUGAUAAGUUGGUCAAUAAGCAAUUCGCAGAAAAGCUGAUAGCAGAGGUUCCCCCGAUCGCUUGCAAAGAAAAUAUAAUCAGUUGCGACGGUGGUGGUGGUGCACUUGGGCAUCCUAAAGUAUACAUCAACUUGGACCAACCAGGUAAUCAUACUUGCGGGUACUGUGGUUUGCGAUUUUACCUAGACAAAAAAAGCCACUGA